AUGUCCCAAAGACAACCUUUCCAUUAUAACGACUCAACUAUGACCAUAGAUGAUACUAUUGACCCCCCUAUAAGGCCUUCACAACUGGCCCAAACCCCAAGAGACACCACAAGUACAAAUAAUGACGCUACUCUCUGGAAUAAAAUCACAGGAAUCCUCAAGAAAUAUUCUCGUUUCAUUGGCCCCGGAUUAAUGGUUUCUGUUGCCUACAUGGAUCCUGGGAAUUAUUCGACAGCAGUGGCUGCUGGUUCAGCCUACAAAUACAAACUCUUGUUUCUGAUCUUGCUUUCUAAUUGUCUAGCCAUCUUUCUUCAGAUAUUGUCAGCAAAAUUAGGAGCUGUCACGGGAUUGGAUCUUGCAGCCAAUUGUAGAGCCAACCUUCCUUUCAAAUAUAACAUUAUUAUGUAUGUAUUGGCAGAGAUAGCCAUUAUAGCUACUGAUUUGGCCGAGGUGGUUGGAACUGCAAUCGCCCUUAACAUCUUGUUCAAAAUUCCACUUUUACUUGGUGUUAUUGUCACUGUAAUUGAUGUGUUGAUUGUUCUUAUGGCAUACCGUCCAAAUGGACCACUUUUGUUCAUCAGAAUAUUUGAAGGAUUUGUUUCGGUUCUAGUUGCACUCACUGUUGUCUGUUUCACAGUUGAGUUGUAUCAAGUUUCUCAUGACCCAAGUGUCAACUUUCUGGUUAUUGAAGUUUUUAAAGGUUUCUUACCCAACGAGAAAGUAGUUGAUAUGAGCGAUCGUGAAGGAGGUAACGGGUUAUUCUUAAGUUUAGCUAUAUUGGGGGCCACCGUAAUGCCACACUCUUUAUAUUUGGGAUCUGGGGUAGUUCAAGCCAGGCUCAAAGAUUUUGACGUUAAGAAUGGCUUCUAUAACCCACUUUCGAAAAACCAAAAUUCGAUACUAGACGAAUUAGAAGUAGAACAAGCUACUGAACAACAACAAGAAGAAGAAGAUAUUAUGUUACCACGUGAAUUAGUCGACCUGACUGGCCCUCAAAAGCAAACAACAGAAGUCCAAGAGGAAACUGACGAAGAUGAUGAACAAUAUAGACCAUCUAUUCAUGCUAUCAACGACACUAUGGUUUAUACUAUGGUUGAGUUGGUUAUAUCUCUCUUCACAGUUGCUCUAUUUGUCAACUCAGCAAUUCUAAUUGUCGCCGGUGCAACUUUGACCAACCAGAAAAGAGAAGAUCAUGACGAAUCCGACGAAGAUUCUGAUUCGGAUGACGAAACGUAUCAAAAUGCUGACCUUUUCACUAUUUAUAAUUUACUUUCACUGCACAUUUCUCCUACUGCCGGGUUUGUAUUCGCCUUGGCGCUCCUUUUCUCGGGACAAAGUGCUGGUGUUGUAUGUACUUUAGCUGGUCAAAUGGUACUGGAGGGAUUUUUACUGUGGAGUUUUCCUCCAGUCACUAGAAGACUCAUUACUCGUGGAUUGGCAAUUCUUCCAUGUUUAGUAGUUGUUAGCAUGACUGGACGCGCUGGUUUGGCUAACGUUCUUAACGCCAGUCAGGUUGUGUUAUCAGUGUUACUUCCCGUCGUGAGUGCCCCAUUGAUUUGGUUUACAUGUUCCAAGAGUAUCAUGAGAGUCCCCUUAUUUGUGAGGGAUGGAGACGAGGAUGCAGACUUAGUGUACGAAACAGAUGAUGACAACAGUAUCUAUCUUGUGAGCAGUUCCCCAUCUACUAUUGUUGCCAGUGGCCCCAGUGCCAGAGGGCCUGUGAAAUUCAAAAGUACAGAACCUGCUAUCAGAUUGCAAGAUUUGCGUAAUUCACACCCUUGUUCGGGUUGGGAUGAUGAAGAAGAACAUGAUGAAGAACAACAGAGAUUAAUAGGUGCAGCAAACUCUCAUGCGGUGGGAAAUUCGUCUCGACCACAUGUAAAACAUUAUUCUCCAGAUGCCGCAGACUCUACUCCAAAGAAUCCUCUUUUAUCCUCUGGUGAUGAUGGUAGCAUAACAUCAAACUCUGCUCGAACAUUUGCUACGGACGCCUUGGAUAAUAGCUACCGUGUCAAGGGAUAUAAAGACAUGAGUAACGGACCAAUUGUUACCUUUCUUGCGGUUCUUGUGUGGUCAUUCAUCACUGGAUUGAACUUAUUUUUAAUAGGAAGUAUGCUUCUUGGUAAAGAAGUCCCCCUUUAA